AUGAAAGACAUUCCUGAGAGUAAUUCGGUCGCUCCGCUUGUGAGUGAUUAUAGAUGUUUAAUGACAAACUCGGAAGCUUCACUAUUUGGGAUAAGGGGCAAUUUAGGACUUGGUGCGUCAAUUGCGACUGUGAGUUGCUGCUACAUUUCACCAACUCUAGCACGGAGAUCCGCAUUACACAAUCGCUUUUAUACCCCAAAGGGAACAUUUGCGUACAAUUUCUCAGGCGCUGGAGAAAUCGGCGUGAAAUGUUUGGUAUCGGAUGAGGCACUGCGUGAAGUGAGGCUGAUGCCGCUUAUCCUUUAUCGAGGGGAUUAUAUCGACGUCGAGAUCAGUAACUCUCCAUGGACUUCCUCUCAAUUGGUACCCGGAUUCAAAUAUUUUGUAAUUUUAAUGGUCCUUAUCAAGAAAGCAGAAAUACGUUCUGUUCUCGAAAAUCGAGUUAGUGAGAUGAAAGAAAAGUCAAUUCUUGUCAGUCAGUGUCGACCCUUUUCGUCAAAAGGACUGACUGCAGUCAGCAAAGUACGCAAACGUACAACAAUCCGCUAA